AUGGAAGACCCGACAAAGACAGCGCCACCCCCGCUACCCUCGGCGCCAGCCGUGGAGCUGUCGCCGACAUUGACACUUCAACCCCCGCUGUCACGCCGAGGUCGUGGCCCUGGCAUCGUCAUUGUCGUGUCGGACGAAGCUGAUAUCAAGAAUAACACGAAUCCCACAAAGACUCUGGAUCCCGUACCAAUCCAGAAAUGGGCCGAGGAGGGAUACGUUGUUGCUCAACUGAAGAAGCCAAGCGCCAAUGCUAGCAGCUGGAAGUUUGAAGAGGACCUCAAGUCGGCCAUUGAUGCGCUGAAGAGCCACGAAACAUGCACAGAGAAGUCGAAGUUCGCAGCAGUCGUGUACUCCUCGGAAGGCAUCACCGACCUAGGUGCAGCGUUAGACUCCGCCACUGAGAUCGUGGCCGUCGUGUCUUUCGGCACUCUACCACAGCCAUGCAAGGCGCCCAAGCUAUCACACAUAAUCGAGAAGGGACUUCCGAAAUCCACCAGCAAUGGCGAUGUUAUUUACAGAUACGACCUCAAGUCGCCGCUGUUCGUUUUGCCGACACAUGCUCACUUCGCGCCGGCGCCCGCCUCAGUCGCCCACAGCCGAUCACUCGAGUUCAUCAAGAGGCGACUGGAUGGCCCUUGGUUCGACCUUGAAGCAAUUUGGGACGAGCACACGAGCUUCGAAUUCAGCAAUCGCUCAGUAGAACAUACCAUGGCAACAAUGGUCCAAGAACCCUAUGUCAAUCACAUCCCCACCAUGACCGGUGGAAUUGGUCGCGAGAAGCUCUCGGCAUUCUACGCCCAUCAUUUCAUUUUCAACAACCCGGACGAUGCGAACCUAGAGCUGGUCAGCCGCACAGUGGGCAUUGACCGCAUCGUCGACGAGUUCCUAUUCUGCAUGACGCAUGAUAAGGAGGUAGACUGGCUAAUUCCCGGCCUACCACCUACAGGCAAGUACGUGCGCAUCCCGUUCACAGCAGUGGUCAACAUUAGAGGCGACAGACUAUAUCACGAGCAUAUCAGCUGGGACCAAUUGACGGUGUUGUUUCAGCUCGGGCUUAUGCCCGAGUACCUCCCCUUCCCUUCGAGCGAUGGGAAGAAGCUGGAAUACCGCGUCCCAGGUGCGGGGGUCGAGUGCGCCGAGAAGCUGGAAGAUGAAAACGCGGCGCCGUCGAACGAGAUGUUCAAGUUUGCAGUGAGAGAAGCUUCAUCAUAG